GUUCCUGGAGGUGGUGCCAGACUAGAGUGGCAGCUGUAGUAACCAAUAGACACGGACUUUGUUGGACCAGAAGCCAAUGAAGAAUUACGUGGAGGAGAAGCGGCGAUAAUCUGUUUGAGGAUGUAGGCACUGGAGUGAAGGAACAUGGCCCUGUAUCAGAGGUGGCGGUGUCUCCGGCUCCAAGGUUUACAGGCUUGCAGGCUACACACGGCAGUUGUGUCGACCCCUCCACGCUGGUUGGCAGAGCGGCUUGGCCUUUUUGAGGAGCUAUGGGCUGCUCAGGUAAAGAGAUUAGCAAGCAUGGCACAGAAGGAACCCCGGACUAUUAAGAUAUCACUUCCUGGAGGCCAGAAAAUUGAUGCUGUGGCAUGGAACACAACCCCCUACCAACUAGCCCGGCAGAUCAGUUCAACACUGGCAGAUACUGCAGUGGCUGCUCAAGUGAAUGGAGAACCUUAUGAUCUGGAGCGGCCCUUGGAGACAGAUUCUGACCUCAGAUUUCUGACAUUCGAUUCCCCAGAGGGGAAAGCAGUGUUCUGGCACUCCAGCACCCAUGUCCUGGGGGCAGCAGCUGAACAAUUCCUAGGUGCUGUUCUCUGCAGAGGUCCAAGUACAGAAUAUGGCUUUUACCAUGAUUUCUUCCUGGGAAAGGAGAGGACAAUCCGGGGCUCAGAGCUGCCUGUUUUGGAGCGGAUUUGCCAGGAACUUACAGCUGCUGCUCGACCCUUCCGGAGGCUAGAGGCUUCACGGGAUCAGCUUCGCCAGUUGUUCAAGGAUAACCCCUUUAAGCUUCACUUGAUUGAGGAGAAAGUGACAGGUCCAACAGCAACAGUAUAUGGGUGUGGCACAUUGGUUGACCUUUGCCAGGGCCCCCACCUUCGGCAUACUGGACAGAUUGGAGGACUGAAGCUGCUAUCGAACUCAUCAUCCUUAUGGAGGUCUUCAGGGGCCCCAGAGACACUGCAGAGAGUGUCAGGGAUUUCCUUCCCCACAACAGAAUUGCUGAGGGCCUGGGAAGCAUGGAGGGAGGAAGCAGAAUUGCGGGACCACCGGCGCAUUGGGAAGGAACAGGAGCUCUUCUUCUUCCAUGAACUGAGCCCUGGGAGCUGCUUCUUCCUGCCACGAGGGACAAGGGUGUAUAAUGCACUAGUGGCGUUUAUCAGGGCUGAGUAUGCCCAUCGUGGUUUCUCCGAGGUGAAAACUCCCACACUGUUUUCUACGAAGCUCUGGGAACAGUCAGGGCACUGGGAGCAUUAUCAGGAAGACAUGUUUGCCGUGCAGCCCCCAGGCUCUGACAGGCCUCCCAGCUCCCAGAGUGACGAUUCUACCAGGCAUAUCACAGAUACACUCGCCCUCAAGCCUAUGAACUGCCCUGCACACUGCCUGAUGUUCGCCCACCGGCCCAGAUCCUGGCGGGAACUGCCCCUGCGACUAGCUGACUUUGGGGCUCUACACCGGGCCGAAGCCUCUGGUGGUCUGGGGGGACUGACCCGACUGCGGUGCUUCCAGCAGGAUGACGCUCACAUCUUCUGUACAACAGAUCAGCUGGAAGCAGAGAUCCAAAGCUGUCUCGAUUUCCUCCGUUCCGUCUAUGCCGUUCUUGGCUUCUCCUUCCGCCUGGCACUGUCCACCCGGCCAUCUGGCUUCCUGGGGGACCCUUGCCUUUGGGACCAGGCCGAACAGGUCCUUAAACAGGCCCUGAAGGAAUUUGGAGAACCCUGGGACCUCAACUCUGGAGAUGGUGCCUUCUAUGGACCUAAGAUUGACGUGCACCUCCACGAUGCCCUGGGCCGGCCACAUCAGUGUGGGACAAUUCAGCUUGACUUCCAACUGCCCCUGAGAUUUGACCUCCAGUAUAAGGGGCCACUGUGGCUGUCCCCGUUCCAGGUGGUGGUCAUCCCUGUGGGGAGUGAGCAAGAGGAAUACGCCAAAGAGGCACAGCAGAGCCUGCGGGCUGCCGGACUGGUCAGUGACCUGGAUGCAGACUCUGGACUGACCCUCAGCCGGAGAAUCCGCCGGGCCCAGCUUGCCCACUACAAUUUUCAGUUUGUGGUUGGCCAGAAAGAGCAAAGUAAGAGAACAGUGAACAUUCGGACUCGAGAUAAUCGUCGCCUUGGGGAGUGGGACUUGCCUGAGGCUGUGCAGCGACUGGUGGAGCUACAGAACACGAGGGUCCCAAAUGCCGAAGAAAUUUUCUGAGCCUUUGUACAUAGAUGAGGCAAAAACCUGCGAGUGCCAUCAGCCUCCCUCACAUGGGAGACCCCAACCCAGCUGACAGUGUGGAGCCCCCAGAACUUCAGAACUGUGUGGAGGCACAUGUCUGCUCUCCUGAAAAGAGACUUGGUUUGGGGACCCCACAAAAGGAGGGAAGCUGUAGCUGUUUGGGUGUGAGGAGAAUGAAACUACAAAAAAAAAUAAAUUGGCCAGGCGCAGUGGCUCAUGCCUGUAAUCCCAGCACUCUGGGAGGCUGAGGCGGACAGAUCAUGAGGUCAGGAGAUCAAGACCACCCUGGCUAACACGGUGAAACCCUGUCUCUACUAAAAAUACAAAAAAUUAGCCGGGCAUGGUGGCACACGCCUGUAGUCCCAGCUACUCAGGAGGCUGAGGCAGGAGAAUCGCUUGAACCCGGGAGGUGGAGGUUGCAGUGAGCUGAGAUUGCGCCACUGCACUCCCCUAGGCGACAGAGCGAGACUCUGUCUCUAAAUAAAUAAAUAAAUACAAACUGGAA